AUAUAUGAUGUAGUGUUACCUGGUGUUGUGUGGUGGGUGAGUCUUGCUACUGCACUCACUCACUCACUCAUCUUCACUCUCAUACUCCAGUUUUAAACGCUACUUAGCUCCCUGUAUUAAGUUAUAGCGAAAACAAAAGGGCCAGGCUCCUCACUUAAUCAUUGUAGUGCAGUAAGUGAAUGAUGAGAUGAAGAUACUCAUUGCAUGUUAGACCAAGAAAAAAUCAAUUAGCUACUUUAGCAACUGGUAUUUGACAGUGUGAGUUCUUGAAUUAAAUUGAAUAUGCCAUUACGCGACAAGGUCCUUCAAGAAAUAGUUUCAACUGAAGAGACUUACCUCAAGAAGCUCCACAUUCUGGAUAAAUUUUUUGUAAAACCAUGUUUAGAGAAGGGUCUCUUACCUGAAGACAUCCAUAUAGCCAUAUUUGGUGAGCUGGCAGCCUUACAGCACAUGAAUGAAGAGCUUUAUAAUGCACUGGUGUCUGAAAGUGAAAAUGUGGGAGCUGCCUUCCUUCAUCUUGCCCCUUUUCUAAAAGUGUAUUCUUCAUAUGCAAAAAACUAUCAGAAAUCCAUAAAUCUUUUGCUGGAAUGGGAAAGGCGGAGUGACAAGUUAAGAUCAUGGAUCACAGGGACAGAAUCACGACCUGAGGUUCAAGCUAAGCUACCUUCACUGCUUAUCACUCCUGUGCAACGGGUUCCACGUUACCGCCUGCUGUUGGGGGAGUUACUAAAGCACACACCAAAUGACCACCCACAUUUUAGCAGCAUAGCAAAGGCAGUAGAAGAGGUGGGCGAGGUAGCAGAGCACAUCAAUCGCAGCAUUAGUAAAGCAGAGAACCUCCAACGAAUGUUGAUGAUUCAGCGAGCCUUCAAACGUGGCCAUCCUAGCAUUAUUGCCCCAGGACGACACCUCCUUAAAGAAGGCAUCCUCCACAAGGUGUCCCGCAAUGGUAAUGGCUCACAGCCACGUUUGUUUUUCCUCUUCACUGACAUACUGUUGUACACCAAGUUACCAACAGUAAACUUAGCAAGGACCCCCACCACCAGCUCUGGUGAUGUUCUGGAUGUAGACUACAAGCCAAACUCUCUGGAAUGUUGUUGUUUGCUGCCUCUCCGACAUUGUUUUAUUGUUCCUGUUUUGGGCAAUGGUCAGCAAGGCCUGUUUCGACUAAGGUGUGAAUCUGAAGAUAUGCUGUUGUAUAGCAGUGACAAUCCAACACAGAGUGAGUGGGUUUCUACACUUAGCAAAGCAGUUAAAGAAGCAGUUGAGAAGAGAAAGACUUUACGUAAGGAUUCCAGUGCCAGAAAGCCUCUGCGUAGGCCAGCACUCCGCAAAUUGACCAUCAAAGGAGAUCCAGAGCAGCUAAUUGCCCUGAAAGCUACAAAGCAUCAAGAUGAGAGCUCUGAAGAUGUUCUUGGGUCAUCAAGAAUACCUAUACCCAAUUCCCCUAAGGUUUUGAAAACUAAAGCAGCCUUCAAAAGAACACAAGAAUCUCCUAGCUCUUUGAUGGCACAGUUUCUUCAAGCACAUGACUGUCUGACUCCACCGAAGUCAUGGCUAUCACCCAGCAAGAGACACAAGGCUACAGGAGACAGCAAGAAUCGCCAUAAAGGAGAAGAAAAAUUCAAGAAGCCUUUGCCAUUAGUGGACUCGCCAGAAGAAAUAAUUACAGUUCAGAAGAAGCAGAGACGACCUUUGUCUCUAAUGCAUGAUAUGUCAGGGGAGAGAGAAAAAGAGAAGGCGAAUGUUAGAAGGCUAAUUAGUGCUCAACCAUCAUCCUACUCCCCUCGGUGUUCUCCGCAGUAUAAACCUUCCCCUCUUGCUAGAUGAUAGUUUAUUGUAUUAUUAUCCCAGUGUUCUCAGUAUAAACCCUUGGUCUUGAUAGUGUUUAUCCAUUCUUAUUCUCACCAGCAUUUUGAGUAUAAAUCCUACCUCUUGCUAGAUAGGGUUUGUCAGUCAUCUUGUUCUCCUUGGUAUAAGCCUUCCCUUCAUACUAGCUGACAGUGUACAUUCAUUCUUAUUCUGUGUGUUGUUUUCCUCUAUAUAAACUCUAACUUCUUGCUAGAGUAUAGUGUUUGUCCAUUAUGUAUAUUAUUCUCAGUUUUCCCGUUUUUCUAUUGUCUUACUCUCCUCUGUGCUCUCAGUUCACACUAUUCUGUCUUGCUAGGUGAUAGUUUAAAAUCUGUCAUCUCAUACUUAAUACUUAUAUACUGACACAAUAGCUACAGCAUUGUUAAAGUAAUUGACCUGACAAGGCUAUUUCUAGCUUUUUGGUUUUAUUUUAACCAUUUUUAAUCUUCCACACAAGGAAAUGUGCAGUAAAUUUGAUAAAUACAUUGACAGAUUGUUAGAAUGGUAGAAGUUAUGCAUUACACAAUCAUAAAUGUGCGAAGUGAUUAUACCGAGUGAAAAUAUUCAAAGCAUUAGUUUAACAGGUAAAAAAAAGUAAUCUUAGUUUUAUUAAAAACUAAGAUUACUUUGUCACUUUCACUCAAGAUAAGAUCUACUUGUCAGUGUGAGUGUUACUGAACAGCAACUGUGGGGUGUCGUCUUGAUAUUCAAAACAUAUUUAUGUGGUUUUAAGAAUUACCAAAUUAAUUGCUCAUUAUGAUCAGGAGGAAGAGCUAGACCCACGCAGUCAUAAUAUUGGUGAGAAAUUAGAGGCAGUCAGGUUUGAUCCAUGGAAUGGUGGGAUUGGUCUAGUUCCUUGGAUCAAGAUUGAGAUCAGUAUACCUUUGAAGGAAAUCGUAAUCAUGAAUGAUUACCAAUUACUUACCUGAUUAAAAAUGUUAACCAGACGAUCAUGUGUAAUAUGCUAGUACCCAGUUUGUAAAUGGUUCAAGUCGGACCGAAACGUUGCCGUAAGUUCCUCUUCUAUGUGUGGGUUAUUUGUGUAUUGUUCCAGUCACGGUAUUGUGCCUUUUAUUUUGUUAUUUUGCCCCUCUCCCUUUCCCUUCCCUUUCCUCCUGUCUUUAAACAUCCCACAUCACAGCAGUAAUCUCUAACUUCUUAAAAUU